AUGACCUUUCGCUCCGACUCAGAGCGCGAGCCGCUUCUCCAGGCCUCUGUAGUGCAACCUGGGGCAGCAGAGGAGACGAAUGAGGACCUGAAGGAAGCAACGAAGGUGGGACCGCUGGAAAUAUCGCGUUCGACGCGCUAUGGGAUUCUGGCGGGAAUAUGGACAGCGACCUUUCUCUCCUCCUUGAAUACCACCCUUGUCGCGACGCUGCUUCCAUCUAUAUCAUCAGAAUUCAGCAAGUCGCACCAGGCCAGUUGGCUCGGCACCGCAUACCUCCUCGCGACAUGCACCUUCACACCCCUCUAUGGCCGCCUGUGUAACGUUCUGGGUCGUCGAGGUGCUAACCAGACAGCAGUGUUCUUCGCUGCCCUCGGUACUGCAGCGUGCGGGAUCUCGGGCGAUAUGGAAGUGCUCAUCGCUGCACGAUUUGUGCGCCCGAGUCACAUAUUACUGUCAUUUGGGCUGAAUGCUGAUUUUGAUGUACACUUAGCUUGCAGGCUUGGGUGGCGGGGGUAUCUUCACCACUGCAACAAUAAUCACGAGUGA